AUGAAGCAUGUGAUUCUCGUUUGUGGUAAUUGGAUCUUUGACAACAACAAAUGGUUGUUUGUUGUUGAUAAUGAAAGGGGUUCACGAAUUCUACAAUGUAACGAUCAAAGCAGAUUUGAUGAUUGCAUUGAAAUGGUAUAUGAGGAUUACAGGCUGGAUAACAAGGUAUUUGAUGUUGUCUUGAGUUACAAGAUCUCGAAGAGGUUAUUGCAGGAUUUACCCAGUGAUACACCACCAGUUAUUAUCGAUAAUUCUCGUCAGUUGCACACUUUUCUGGGACAAUUGGAAAGGGUUACAGGUCGACUUUGUGUUGAAGUGAAGAAGAAAAUACAGACUGAUUUGAAUCACAAAGAUUCUGAUGAUGAGAAUUUUACCAUGUAUGGAAUUCCACCAGAAGAAGAGGAUCAACAAUUGCCAAUGAAGAACAGGAGUUCAUCUUUUUAUAUUGAAGAAAAUAAGGAACCUGUUGAUGUCUCAAAGGUAGACUUGUCUUCUGUGAAUUUGGCUGUUGGGCAAAUGUAUGAUACAAAGGAGCACUUAGAAACACGGUUGAAGAUACUAACCUUGGUACAAAGGUUUGAUUAUUUUGUUUACAAAUCGAGACCAACACUAUUGAUUGUCAAGUGUUGGGUUAAAGGAUGCAAGUGGAGGGUAAGAGCUGCAACAAUAAAUCACUUUCCAAAGUUUGAGGUCCGUGUGUUUAUUUCAGCACAUACAUGUUCUGUAACAGAGCGCUCUACACGUGCCCGACAAGCAGAUCAUCAUAUUCUAGGAGAGUUGUACAAAGAUUUUGUUGGUGGAGUUGGUCCCAAGGUACUGCCAAUGCAUGUUGCUGAAGCGUUAAAUAAACGCUUUCAAAUCAAGAUGGAUUAUUGGAAAGCAUAUCGAACGUUAAGGCAUGCUCGCGAGUUGGUCAGGGGUAGUCCAGAGAGUGGUUAUGAGCAGCUUCCUACAUAUUUGUAUAUGAUAAAAAGGGCAAAUCCUGGAACUUUUACACAGCUUGAUGUUGAUGAAGCUCAAAGAUUUAAGUACUGUUUUCUAGCAUUUGGUGCAAGCAUACAGGGAUUUCCGUUUUUGAGGAAAGUGGUUGUUGUGGAUGGUACUUUUUUACAGGGAAAAUACUUAGGGACACUACUGACAGCAACAGCUCAAGAUGGCAAUUUUCAGAUUUUUCCAAUUGCUUUCGCCGUGGUUGAUACAGAGAAUGAUGAAUCAUGGGAAUGGUUUUUCAAGCAACUCAGCUGUGUGAUACCUGAUGAUGAAAGUCUUUCCAUUAUUUCUGAUAGGCACAAAUCAAUUGGGAAAGCUAUUAAAAAGGUUUAUCCGAAGUCUAGUAGGGGAAUAUGCACAUACCAUAUGUACAAGAAUAUUUUGGUUCGGUUUAAAGGUCGAGCAGAAUUUGCUUUGGUUAAAAAGGCGGCAAAUGCUUUUAGACUUAUCGACUUUCAAACCACAUUUGAUCAGAUAGAAGCCAUGAAUCCAGCACUACAUGAGUACCUCGUAAGGGCUGAUGUGCGUAUGUGGACUCGUGUACAUUUCCCAGGUGAUAGGUACAACUUGCUUACAAGCAACAUUGCAGAAUCAAUGAAUAAGGUCAUGUCACAUGCUAGGAGCUUUCCUAUUGUACAACUAUUGGAAGAAAUAAGGUCCAUGAUGACUAGGUGGUUUUCAGAUAGAAGGACUGAUGCAUUGAAGAUGACAACAGACUUGACUCGUGGUGUAGAGAAAAUUCUCCAGGGCAGUGUGGAAUAUGCUAAGUUACUUACUGUCCAAGAUAUCGAUGCACACCAAGUACAAGUAACAAGUGGAACAUCUCUGCAUGUUGUCAAUUUGAAAGAUAAAAAGUGUACGUGUCGCAGGUUUGACUUGGAGAAACUCCCUUGUGCACAUGCAAUUGCGGCCGGUGAAUUCAGAAACAUUUCUCGCAUUUCAAUGAGUCAUCCUUAUUAUCGGAAACACUACGUUUACACUUCCUACGAGAAUGCCAUCAUGCCAAGGGAGCUUGAUAAAUCUGUUCCUGGACAUGUGAUAACGAAGGUAUGUAGACCACCGAUUCCAAAACAACAACCAGGUAGACCAAAGAAUUCAAGAAUCAAAUCAGCAUUGGAAAUUGCAAUGGAAAAGAAGAAGCCAAGAAAACAAUACACAUGUGGUAAUUGCAACCAAGUAGGACAUAAUCGCAAGACAUGUACUCUAUAA